CUCUUAGAAAACCAUUGGUAGCGAUGUUCGGCAGAUGAGAUAGAACUGACGCACUUCAAUAGCAGGUUCUUUCAUACACCAACUGAUGUUCUUGUCUAGGAAUUAUCUAUCGAACCAGUGAAAAUGAACAAAUCUGAAUUAAUUUGAUUCAUGGGUUACAGAUUUCAAAAACCCUCAUGACGCAUGAAAAUUCUGAAAAAGAUGAAAUUGAUUAAGACAACAAAAAGCUAUGAAAAAGGUGUCGGUAAUUUGACAACCUCAAUUCAAGGAGGAGACAAAUUUUAACAGUGGAACAGAUGUAGUGACAGGCCUCAUCCAUCGAGGUAUCCAGUUACAGGGCAAAUCGACAAGGAAUAAAUGACACAUGAUCACAGCGUUUGUUCUUGAUAAAAAGAUCCAUAAAUGCUGUAAUUAUAAAUCUUUACGUAAAGUCUCUGCAUGUUUAAUUAUGACACGCAGCUGACGGUCUUAUUUGAUUUUAUAUUGACGACUUUGAAAAAAAAAGUCCUUGUUUAAGUUUUAUCUAAACUUGCAGUUGAAAAAAAAAAAAGUAGCCUGAUAAGUACCUAGGAGAGGUGUGCGGAAACAAGUAUGGAGUCUACCAACAUAUCUAUUGUUGACGCUGUUAACUUAACAGAUGGAAAUUUUACAAAUUACAGCAACAACGAGCCGGCCAGCGCAGCUGUGUUGCGUGUUGUUGUUCCUAUCGUAUUUUUUAUUCUGAUGCUUGUUGGAGUUGUUGGAAAUGGACUACUUAUAUACACUGUUUUCGCCAACAAAUGCAUGAGGAACACACCGAACAUUCUAAUAGUGAGUCUUUCUAUCGGGGACAUGGUGUUAUUGCUUAUGUCAGCUCCCUUUUCUUCAAUGUACUUCACCUUGAGCGAGUAUCCAUUUGGAGUGGUGGUCUGCAAAGGAAAUGAAUACUUGCAAACCCUGUGUGUCGGUGUAUCAGUGUUCACGCUAACGGCUCUAAGCGGCGACAGGUUCUUUGCAAUCGUGUUUCCAAUGAGCAAACAUAAAGGAAAACCAAGACUUAAGAUAGGAAUAACUGUAGCCUCGAUUUGGAUUUUAUCAGCUCUCUUUGCAAUACCAGAAGCAGUAAACAUGAACAUAGUCGUUUUUGAGGGUAAAAAAUAUUGCUUUGAUGAUCAGGUAUUUAUGAGGGUUUUUACAAUGGUCAAGUUCAUCGUUCUGUUUGUAGUACCCCUCUUAAUAAUAGCAUUUUUCUACUGUAUGAUGGCGAUUAUACUGGUGACAAGCAGUCGUCGAAUUCCUUGUGAAACAAGUACGGGCUCGGUCGUUUCCCGCCAACAAAAGAAGCAAAUGGAAGCUAGAGUCAAGGUCGCAAAAGUGGUGCUGUCAUUUGUAUUCUUAUUCAUACUUUGCUGGCUGCCGCGAUACGUGUUUCUGCUUUGGUUCCAUUGGUCAGGUGAUGACGCAGAAGUUACUGUAUUCUGGGUAAUCUUCAAAGUGAUUGGAUUUUGUCUCAUGUACGUUUAUUCCAGUAUAAAUCCGUAUGCGUUGUACUUUUUGAGUAGUCAGUUCAGGAGAUAUUACAACAAAUAUUUAUUUCGCUGCUGUCCCAAGUCCUACAGGCCAAUCCAACCCGAAUCGGCGUCAGCCAUGCUUUAUAAUGGAACAAUUAGACGAGGGAGCACCUCAAUGACCAUCAUCAAGGCCCACUCAGAGAGCUAAUUUUUAAUUUAUAACCUGGUAAUUGCAGAAAGAAAACUUUUGAGUUACACGCCAAAAUGCAG